CACGUAAAUAAACAGUCACUAGUUGUCAUAGCAGAAGUAAAAGUGAAGUUGACAAUAAUAAAAAACAAUGAUCCUGACACGAAAUGAGAAUGUAGUAACAAUGUAUGUAGUUUUUUUUGUGUUGUGUACAUUUGGAAUCAAUGGGAAACCUUCGCUGACUUUCAACCUGCCAGCCCUUGGACCUUUCAGGAAUUUGGGGAAGGACCACAGGACAAACUUGAAGAGUUAUAGCGGCAAAAGGGUGGACAAGGACUCGCUGAGGAUGGUAUAUUUUCACGAUCUGACGGUGGCUGUAGUAGAAUUGGGACCGAACAAGUUGCUUUUGAACUGCGAACUUAUAGAAAUUUUCGAGUCUAAUGAAGUAGUCGACGUCUUAGGGGAAUUGAAAGCAGUGGCAAGACCAGUAGGAAUCACUUUCGAUGAGAUGAUCACUCUCAUGAAUCAGUGCAAACAAAUUGAAGAAAUGCAAAGGUCUCACAUCCACGAGGAGUUACUAAAAAACGAAUCUGUCGAUCUUGAACAAGGAAGAGGUUCAAAAAAUCCCUUAACUCUACUUAGUGGUAUCAUUCCGGGUACAAAAUGGUGUGGGGCUGGCGACAUAGCUAAAAAUUACUUCGAUUUGGGAGCGGAACCUGCAGUAGAUACUUGUUGUAGGGCUCACGAUUUAUGUCCUGUUAAAAUAUUACCAUAUAUGGAGAGGUACAACUUGACGAAUAAUUCAAUAUAUACGAAAUCACACUGCAAAUGUGAUGACGAACUGUUUAGGUGUUUAAAAUCGGAAAAUAGUUCUAACAGUGCCAACAUCAUGGGAGCCAUUUACUUUAAUGUUGUCCAAGUGGCGUGCUUAGAAGAUACCAAAAAUGGAAAACGAUUUAGGACUGCCAGGAAUAAUUUUUAGGUCAAUUUGAAUUAAGAUAAAAACGUAUUUACUAUCUCUUUGUGCCUUUCUCCACAAUGAUUGAAAAUGUACACACAUGUAAAUAAUUCAUUAUACCUUUAUAAAAGUAAA